UUGCUAGUUAAUCCUCUUUGGCACGCUGACGAUGCCGUAGAGAAAUUGAAUUGCAGAUGGUUUUGUGAUGGCCUAAUUAUCCUUUCUCCAUUUUUCAUUGAUCAAGAGAGCUAUAAUUCGAAAUUGAAGAUGGUGAAAGAGCAAUUUCGGGAAACAGAUGUGGCUCGAAAGAUAAGCCAUGUCUGCUUUGGCCUGAUGUCACCCGAGCAGAUGCGGCAACAAGCAACUAUUCAUGUUGUAAGCAACAAGUUGUAUCAACCUGAUACCCGCAACCCAAUCCCAUAUGGCGUCCUGGACCAUCAUAUGGGAACGAGUGAGAAGGAGAACCCAUGUCAGACAUGUAAGAAGAAUCUCUCUGAUUGUGUAGGUCACUACGGAUUCGUCGAUCUGGAGUUGCCUGUGUUUCACAUCGGUUUCUUUAAGCUGGUCAUGAACAUACUUCAGGCUAUAUGCAAGACUUGUGGCCAUAUCCUCUUGGAUGAUGUAAAUCAUCAGAAUUUUGUGGAUGCUCUACGACGCCCCAACCUCAGCUACCUACAGAAGAGAGGAUUACGCAAGAAGAUUCAUGAAAAGUCUCGCAAGAAUCAGAUCUGCUUCCAGUGCAAUUCUUAUAAUGGACCUGUCAAGAAGUGUGGUCCUCUGAAGAUCAUCCAUGAGAGAUGGAAGGUGAAUCGUAAGAACCCUGAGAAGGUCCUCAAGCAGUUCCAGAGCUCCCUCGAUACAGCCAUAGAGCAUAACAAGGACAUUGAAUCGUUACUUCCAAAAGCACAGGAAAAUUUGAAUCCAUUGAUGGUAUUAGAACUGAUGAAGAGAAUUCCUAAUGAGGACAUUCCUCUGCUCUGUAUGGACUCUGAAAACAGUCGUCCUCAGGACCUCAUCUUGACACGUCUCCUCGUACCACCUCUCUGUAUCAGGCCAUCGGUUGUAUCGGAUCUCAAAGCUGGAACGAACGAGGAUGAUUUGACAGUGAAGCUAACGGAGAUCAUUCUCAUCAAUGAUGUCAUCCAGAAGAGAAGGAGAGCAGGAGCAAAGAUGUCUAUGAUCAUGGAAGACUGGGAUUUCUUGCAGCUGGCCUGUGCUUUGUACAUCAACAGUGAGACGUCAGGAUUACCACUCAAUAUGCAGCCCAAGAAGCCUACUCGAGGAUUCUGCCAGCGACUGAAGGGUAAACAAGGUCGUUUCCGUGGUAACCUGUCUGGCAAGCGAGUGGACUAUUCCAGCAGGACCGUCAUCUCUCCCGAUCCUAACCUGAGAAUCGAUGAGGUGGCCGUACCCGAGCUGGUUGCCAAACUGUUGACCUACCCUGAGAAGGUGACCAAGUCCAACAUGGCUCUGAUGAGGAAGCUUGUCAUGAACGGUUGCGAUGCUCAUCCAGGAGCCAACUUCAUCCACCAGAGGCAUACACAGAACAAAAUGUUUCUGAAGUAUGGCAACAGACAAAAGAUGGCUCAAGAACUCAAGUAUGGUGACACGGUAGAGAGACAUCUGAUAGAUGGGGACAUUGUUCUCUUCAAUCGUCAACCGUCGCUUCAUAAGCUUAGCAUCAUGGCACAUAAGGCCAGAGUGAAGCCGUUCCGUACCUUUCGGUUCAACGCCUGUGUGUGUACCCCGUACAAUGCCGACUUUGAUGGGGACGAGAUGAACCUGCAUUUACCUCAGACCGAAGAAGCAAAAGCGGAGGCUCUUACGCUCAUGGGGGUCAAGUCCAAUCUGGUCACACCCAGGAACGGAGAACCAUUGAUUGCUGCUAUACAAGACUUCAUCACAGGUGCUUAUCUGCUGACCUCCAAGGAAGUGUUCUUUGAUCGAUCUAGAGCAUGUCAGCUCGUCGCAGCAAUGCUGUCCAGCCAAGAAACCAACAUGAGAAUCACACUACCUCCUCCAGCUAUACAGAAGCCUGUUAGAUUGUGGACUGGCAAGCAGGUGUUUAGUCUAAUUCUCAGACCCAACUCGGACAGUGAUGUGAAGGCUAACCUACGAGCCAAGGGAAAGAACUACACCUCGGGAGAGGACCUAUGUGUCAAUGAUUCUUACAUAGUUGUCCAUAACAGUCAGUUGAUGUGUGGGGCCAUGGACAAGAGCACACUAGGGUCUGGAUCUAAGAAUAACAUCUUCUACAUCCUACUGCGGGACUAUGGAGAGGAGUACGCUGCUGAUGCUAUGAGUCGAAUGGCUAAACUCUGUCCUGCAUACCUCAGUAACCGUGGUUUCUCCAUUGGUAUUGGGGAUGUUACCCCUGGUGCAGGUCUUCUCCAGGCCCAGAAACAGCUCCUUCAUGAAGGGUAUUCCAAGUGUGAUGAGUACAUUCAGCAGCUGGAAGUGGGUAAACUCCAAACUCAAGCAGGAUGUACCGCUGAGGAGACUUUAGAGUCUAUGAUCCUCAAGGAGUUGUCUGUGAUCAGAGACCACGCUGGUAAGGCAUGCUUGAGGGAGCUACACAAGAGUAACAGUCCUCUCAAUAUGGCUGUCUGUGGAUCAAAAGGUUCGUUCAUCAACAUCUCUCAGAUGAUAGCGUGCGUAGGACAGCAGGCCAUCAGCGGCAAGAGAAUCCCGAAUGGCUUUGAGGACAGAGCACUUCCACAUUUCAAAAGACACUCCCGUAUUCCGGCAGCCAAAGGAUUUGUGAAGAACAGUUUCUACUCGGGAUUAACUCCAUCAGAGUUCUUUUUUCACACCAUGGCAGGAAGAGAAGGUUUGGUGGAUACCGCAGUAAAGACUGCAGAGACGGGCUACAUGCAAAGAAGACUGGUUAAGUCAUUGGAGGACCUGUGUUCGCACUAUGAUCAGACAGUACGUAACUCUAUGAGUGAUAUCAUCCAGUUUAAGUACGGUGAUGAUGGAUUGGACCCAGCAGCUAUGGAAGGGAAGGGCAAACAGGUCGACUUACCUCGAGUCUUGCAGCACGUUCAGAACAAGUACCCAUCCAAGAAGGAGUAUUCACUGGGAAGCAUCGAUAUCCGACGUAUGGCCGGUGAGAUCCUCAAGAGUAAAGAGUUUGCAGAGUGCAGUCAAGAGUUCAAGACCACACUGAGGGACUACAUAGAUGAAUGUUGCACCAGUCUUCAGAAGAGUCGAAGAGCAUACAAGAUCGCAGAAGCCCAGACGGAACCCGAUGUCUUGUAUCAGUUACAUCGGAUCACAUCGACCCAGCUUCAUCAUUUCCUGACCAUGUGUAAGACUAAGCAUCAGAGGGCUUGUAUUGAACCUGGUACGACCGUCGGUGCCCUCGGAGCCCAGAGCAUCGGGGAACCGGGAACGCAGAUGACCCUCAAGACUUUCCAUUUCGCUGGGGUGGCUUCCAUGAAUAUCACCUUGGGUGUGCCUCGUAUCAAGGAGAUCAUCAACGCGAGUAAGAACAUCAGUACUCCCAUCAUCACGGCUGAGCUUGAUAUCGUCAACGAUGCAGACUUUGCCCGGCUGGUCAAAGGUCGCAUCGAGAAGACCUUGCUAGGGGAGGUCAGUGAAUACAUCGAGGAGGUGUUUCUACCUGAUAAUUGCUUUGUGCUGAUCAAGUUAGACCUGGACAGAAUCAGACUUCUCAAGCUUGAAGUAUCAGCAGAGUCUAUCUGUAUGUCAAUCUGUGCUUCAAAGCUCAAGGUCAAACCUGGGCAACUGCGAGCUGUAGCUGAAAACCUAAUCACUGUGGAACCAGCCGAGACGAGUAAGAGCUCCAUGUACUACAAUCUACAGUUCUUGAAGCAGAGCGUGGCUAAUGUGGUCAUACAGGGAUCCCCUAACGUGAGCCGAGCUGUGAUCCACAUAGAUGAGAAGGCAGGCGAGCUCAAGUACAAGCUCCUGGUGGAAGGGGACAAUCUACAAGGAGUCAUCGCAACAAGAGGUGUGAAAGGAACACAUACUACGUCUAACAACACUGUUGAGAUGGAGAAGACGUUAGGCAUUGAAGCAGCUAGGCGGUGUAUCAUGAGUGAGAUAGAGUACACAAUGGUUAGUCAUGGAAUGAGUAUUGACCAUCGACAUGUUAUGUUACUUGGUGAUCUUAUGACGUACAAGGGUGAAGUUCUUGGUAUAACUCGCUUCGGUCUAGCUAAGAUGAAGGAGAGUGUGCUCAUGUUAGCAUCUUUUGAACGAACCUCUGAUCACCUCUUUGAAGCAGCCUACUUUGGUCAGAAAGAUGCCAUCUGCGGUGUGAGUGAAUGCAUCAUCAUGGGUAUCCCGAUGAAUGUAGGAACAGGCAUCUUCAAACUACUACACAAGUCAGACAAACCAGUUCAUCCACCUCGAAGGAAUCUCCUCUUUGACAAUCCAGAGUUACAUUUACCCGGAACAGGGUUAUGACACCAGACACUUAAACUCUAGAGAAGACUUCACACCAACUGGUGAAGCUAUAGAAGGAUAACAUGAUAGAUGUACCACACCUAAGGGUGUAGCAGCCUCUUCUAGCUGUUCACUCGGCGUAGACAUUCUUAAGAAUGGUUGGAAGAUAUUAUUGGAGGUAUACCAUCAGAGGAGAGACCUUUCAAGGACUGCUGGCCACCAAGGUUACAAUAGAAUAGGGCUUAUGACACCAGGCAAUUAAACUCUAGAGAACACUUCACACCAACUGGUGGAGCGUCAGAAAGAUAACGUGGUAGAUGUACCACACUUAGGGGGUGUAGCAGCCUGUUCUAGAUGUAGACUCAGUGUAGACAUUCUUAAGAAUAGUUGGAAGAUAUUAUUGGCGGUAUAGCGUUAGAGGAGAGAC